AUGGAAACUCUCGAAAACGAACACGAUAACUUGCGGUUGAAAGCAGAGGAGCUCGAGAGCAACUACAAGGACGAGCUGAUUCUCAGGAAAGAAGCAGAAAUCGCACUUCACAAAGAAAGGAAUGAGGUGGAGGCGAUGGCGCAAAUGUUUGAAACUUGUAAGAUAGAACAAGAGAACCUGACUUCGCAAGUCAGAACUUGGCAGGACAAAUACGACCAAGAGUUGAGCGUUAGGAAAGAAACAGAGGAUUCUCUCUCUAGACAAAAAGAAGAGCUUGAGAUAGUCAAAGGACUACUCGAAGCAUUCAACCAAGAAGCAGAUGCGAUGCGAGAAGAGAGGGACAGUGCUCUCGAAACAGUACAAGAGCUGACAAGAAAGCAUUCGGAAGAGCGUCAACCUCUGCCCUCGUUUUACUGCCCUAUCACACAAGAGGUGAUGAAAGAUCCACACUUUGCUGCUGAUGGGUUUACAUACGAAGCUGAAGCUAUUAAGAAAUGGUUUAGUACAGGUCACGAUACCUCACCCAUGACAAAUCUCAAGCUUUCUCAUCGCAACCUUGUCCCAAACCGCGCUCUCCGGUCUGCGAUUCAAGAUUUGAGUUGA